AUGAGGAUCCCCGCGCUUACAGCGAGCGUGCUGCUCGCCGAGCUCACGGGCACUGCCAAGCCACCUGCACACGUCAAGACCGGCACCGAGGCUCUCUCGGACGGCAUUGUAUACCCCGAUACCCACAUUGCGCCUGCCUUUCUGCCGCUCAGUGGUGACGCAGCGAUCAACGCCUACAUCCCCUCGUCCAAACCCUACGUUGCGCACAUCGAGCCGCGCUACGUCUCGGGCUUCGUCGCUCCUUCUGGCUACACCUACAGCUGGGUCGUUGAUGGCUACCGCUUGGCCAUCGACACCGUCGGCAACAAAAACUACCUCACGCGUACAACCAUCUCCAAGGACGCUUCGUCCACGACGCAGGCCCACGUCAAUGCCUGCACCCAGUUUUGCGAAAAGACACCCACGUGUGCCAUGGCAUCCGUGAUCAGGUUCAAUAACUUUUCGGAAGGAAACGUCGUCUGCGCAGUGUAUAGCGCCACGGCUCCAAAGUCGGAUGCCAUCUAUACUACGGGCCCCUUCAAUGGUCCCGGUCAGGUCUCGGCGUCGUAUACGUUCAAUAGGAAGGCUGGAAGGGUGCCCGGCACGUUUACUUCAACCGUCACCUCCAGCGCAGUAACCACGUCAAGUACAAGAUCGGUGACUACUAGCUCGGGAUUCACCACCAUUCGCACGUCGUCCUCUACGACUUCCACUGUUGCUUCGAGCUCCACAACAUCCCCCGUUGCCACUACUUCCUCGACCACUUCCACGCCGACUAGUGCUUCCUCUACCUCGACCACCUCCUCUUCCACCAGCUCCAGCACGGGCACGAGCACGACUUCCAGCGCGGGAGCUGCUGCCACUGCCACGACCAACACCACCACUGCACCCGUCUACGACCAGUGGGUGUGGGUCGACGUACCGGGCACGCAAUGUGCCGACGGCAGCGCCACCGGUUUUGCGCUCAACCUGCACGCGGGCGCGACCGAGCUGGUCAUCUCCUACCAGCAGGGCGGGAGCUGCUACGACUACAACUCGUGCUACGUGCAAAAGACGGCGUACAACAUCGACUCGGGCUUUUCCAACGCGACCUUCUGGGCGCAGAAUCAGCCCAACACGAUCAAGUGGUGGUUCCCCUUUGCCCGCGAUAACCAGUGGAACCCGUGGCAGAAGGCCAACUACGCCUGGAUCCCCUACUGCACGGGAGACUGGCAUGCGGGCGAUAACACGGUGCUGUACCCCGGUGCCGCCUCGGCAACCAACCACAAAGGCUGGAGCAAUGCCAAGUUGGACAUGGCCAAGAUCAAGCAGAUGGUGCCGGCACCUUCGCGCGUGCUGCUGGCGGGUUCGAGUGCCGGGGCCUUCGGUGCGAUCCUGCAGUACCAGAAUGCACAGAACAUCUUUAGCGGGACUCGGGUGGAUUUGCUGGCGGAUUCGGGCGAAACGCCCAAAUCAGCCCUAGCAAGACCCUCGCAGAACAUCCAACCACCCAGAUGCCCCACCUGCGACGAUGCCAGCUUUGACUCGUACAUCGUUGGGCUCGCCAAAGCCAACACUGGCUCGAGAUUCGCCAGCAUGAGCUGGAGUAACGAUACCACGAUCCCCGUCAAUCAGGGCGUGAGCUACGACGACUUUAGCGCCGAAGUGGUGCGGCUAUUCAAGCAGCAGAAUGCCGAGACUUCCAAUUCGCGCAACUUUAUGGUGCAGGGGAGCGGACACAUGCUGCUGUGGACCACACAGUACAAUGCCGCCGAUGGGUACACCCAGGCAACGUUCCUCAACAAGUUCAAGACCGACGAUCCCGGUUGGUCGUCCCACUAG